AUGACGAGGAAGAAAGUGAAGUUGGUUUGGAUUGCAAGCGAUAAUGCAAGAAAAUUCUGUUUCAAGAAACGAAGGCUCGGAUUGUUAAAGAAAGUAAGUGAACUCACCACUCUCUACGGCUUUUUUGCCUUUGCCGUCGUCAAUGGCCCUGACGAGGUCCAUCUCGUCAUCUGGUCAUCUCUCUCUGCCGCUCAACACCUCUACUGUCACUUUCUUAGCCUUCUGGAAGUUGAACGCAAGAAGAAAAUGACGAAUCAAGAGACAUAUCUCAAGGAACGAGCCACCAAAGCUCAAGAUAUGCUAAAGAAACUCAUCAAGAAGAAUCAAGAACUCAAACUCGAUCUUCUAAUGCAUCAAUUGCAUCAAGGUCAUCAUAUUUCCCAACUCACUAACGAGGAACUGCUCGCAUUGUUCUGGAUGGUCGGAGGGAGGGAGCAAUGGAUGGAUCUGGUUGAUAAUGGAAGGAAUUUGAUGGAUCAAUAG